AUGGACAGCGAUGAGGUGCAGUACGAGGUCGAGAAUGAAUCUCAGUUCUGGGCCGGUCAGUUGAUCCUCCAAUGGAGCAUCAUACGGCUACUAUACUGACUAUGGCAUUGGCAGAGCUCGACAGCAUCGUCGCGAGUCCUUCGAGCGAUCACGAAGAGAUUGAUAAUGCUCUGAGGAGCUUCCUCGGCUUCACCACCAACUUCAAGCGUACGUUACUGGGCAAGAGCAGACUUGGGGUGAGGUGGCAGGCAUGGGCUGAAAAGGCUGAUUUUGGGCAGAGGAAUACCUACAGUCAGAGUAUGACAUUGCGCGGUGCUGUUAUAAGCUGCAGGACUCCUCGCUGUUCCAGCAGAACCAGGACUACGUGCGAAGGCAGAUAUUGUAUUGCUUGCUCCAAGAAGACGAUGUGGACACCAUACACCUCACGGCAGCUGUGCUGCUGUUCGAUGGACGCUCCAACGAGGCUGCUUUCGAGAUGAUGACGGAAGAAGGCGCGUUUUCACGCUUGGUUGAAUUGAUUCGCGACAGGAAAGACGACGAUUUUGGCCUACACCGACUCUUGCUGAAGCUUCUUUUCGAGAUGAGCCGGAUACAGAAGCUAUCCAGAGACGACUUAACGAUCGUGGACGACUCUUUCAUUCUUUACCUGUUUCAGUUCAUUGAGGAGCUCUCUGACGACGCCGAGGAUCCAUAUCACUAUCCGGUCAUCAGGGUGCUGCUGGCACUCAACGAGCAGUACAUGUGCCAUGCCAAUGCGCCCCCUUCACCAGACAAGGAGAGCGGCGCCCUCACGAAUAGGAUCUUGAAGCUUCUUUCUCAGCAUGGGCCUUCGUAUCGGACUUUUGGAGAGAACCUCAUCCUACUACUGAAUCGGGAAUCCGAGCUAGGACCCCAACUAAUGAUCCUGAAACUACUUUACUUGCUCUUCACGACUCCUCCCACGUACGAAUACUUCUACACGAAUGACUUACACGUCCUGGUCGACGUCAUCAUUCGAAAUCUAUUGGAUUUGGAUCCGGGAAACACGGACCUGGGUCUCUCCCCAGAGGGCUCUGACAUAAACGGCCAGCGCGCACUCAUACACACUUACCUGCGAGUUUUAUACCCUCUUUUGAAGAACACCCAGCUGGCUCACGAAGGCACCCAUUACAAGCGCGAAGAGGUCCUCAAACUCUUCUACCUCAUGGUCAACAGAUCCUCUGCUCAUUUUGCACCAGUAGACGAGACAGUAAUCCGGCUUGUUAUGAGGUGCAAGCAGAUCGAUUGGCUCCAAGAGGAAGGCGACGAGCAGGGUCAUGCAUUGAAAGAGAAACUCGAGGAAAAGCUAGCAGAGGUUGCGCCGAGCGAGUCCACGGUUGCCAAAAAGCUACUUGGAAUGUCAGUAGCAGAAGCUGGGGUGAGCAGUCUGAGUGUGGUCGAUGUUUCUGCAAAGGUCACGAAAGAGAAGCCCGUUGCACCCGCGCCACGCCGCAUGCGCAAAGCUGCCAAGGCUCACGGAAGUGGCAAGUUUGUCCAGGCCAACGGUUCGAACGGUGAUGAUCACCUCAAUCCUCUGCCCGACAAUACAAUAAAUUCUGGAGAUGGCAUAUCGCGCGACGACACUCAAAGCCCCUUUGCUGACGAGAACGCCGAACCCUGA